AUGUCCUACACCCUUUCGAAAGCACAGGCCGACUCGCUCGUCAGUCGUUGCAGCGAGAGCAACGCCCUUAAUCCGCCAUUUGACCGACACGUCCAUCAAGUGGACGAGUUCAUUAUCUUGGUCAACAACACCCAGUCUGGUUACGACGGCUACAUCCCCGACACAUGCGUCUCUGACAAGAAUGCAAACGCUCUUGCCGCCAUGCGCUUGGUCUCCCACUUCAUUCCUGUGGCCGACGUCUUGUUCGUCUCCCCCAAGCUUGAUAUCCUCAUUCAACGCCGCGUCAGGGGCGUCACUCUGGACAAAGUGAUGAAGGAUAUGACGGAGGAGCAGCGUGCGGCCUCGAUUCUGCUUGUGGCAGACCUCGUCUGCAAGCUUUCCCAGCACACAAACGGAACAUCGCCUCAAACUGUCAGUGGAACACGGCCGAUCUUUCACGACCUCGCGGAGGAACACCUCAACUUGACCCCUGCCAACCUCCGGAACCAACCCUGCGUGCUUUCGCACCUUGACCUGAGCCCCAGUAACAUUAUCAUGACGGACGAUUGUUCGAAGGUCGCAGCCCUCAUUGACUGGGAGUUCGCAGCGUACGUCCCCCUGGAGACUGCCGCGUAUGUUCACCAAAAGUGCAAUGGACAUCACGGCAGUGCCUGGGCGAACUUGUUUGACGUAGUCAAGGUGAUGCUGGGUUCGCAGUCGUGA